CUAAGAUAAAGACCUCACACCAUAAAUUUAUCUGCACGAAAGUUAUCGGAAAUUUUAUAACGAAUAAAUUCAUUUUCGAUCGAAUCUGGCGCAAAGAAAUGUUGUUCAAAUUGUGUGUGCUAUUUUUCGUCGUGUGUCAAACGUUAGCUAAAAAUGAAUUAUAUUCUGGUUACAAAGUAUAUAACAUAAAAUUGGAGACAGUUGAGCAGGAAGAAAAUUUCCGACGACUGAAGCGUGAUGGAUUAGAUUUCUGGAGACAUCCAUCUUUUGAAAGGAAUACAGUUGGUCGUGUCAUGGUGGCUGCGUCUCAUCUGGAUUGGUUUGAAAAACAACUCAAAAAUAUUAACAUAAAUGUCGACAUACACAUAAGUGAUGUUUUGGACUAUCUAUGCGAAAAGGAUCCAGCUAGAAGUAUUGAUGAAGAAAUUGGUAGAGCAUUUGAUUAUAAUGACUUUUACCGUUAUGACGAGAUUCUAAAUUAUAUUGAAGAAUUACAAGCAACGUACGCAAGCUCUUUAACAACAUCAGUAGAAGUUGUUGAUUUUGGUACAACAUCUCAAAAUCGAAGACUGGUGUAUAUGAAAAUUAAUAGAAGAGAUUCAGAUGUUACUAAACCAGUUGUAAUAAUAGAAGCUGGUAUUAAUCCCAGAGAAUGGAUCACAAUACCGUCGGCUCUUAAUGUUGUUAAUAACAUUUUAGAUGAAACCCAUCCACGGUUUUUGAGCAAUUUUGACUGGGUCAUAAUACCGGUUGUGAAUCCUGAUGGUUAUGAGUAUACGCAUACUAAUUUGCGGUUAUGGGAAAAGACAAGAAGCACAAAUAGCAAUUUAGGAGCCAUAUGCCCCGGGGUCAACAUCAACAGAAACUUUGACAUUGAUUGGGGCUUCUCUGGCUCCAGCUCAAGUCCUUGUAGCAAUAACUUCGCUGGCAUUGCUCCGCUUUCUGAAACCGAAAGCCAAAUGAUUGUAGCUCUUAUAGAAGAAUAUGGGCCGAGGGUUAAUCUUUAUAUUUCUUUGCAAAACAACGGUGUAGUUAUAUCUUAUCCUUGGCAUUAUGAGAGAGCUGCAUCAGCUAUGUUUGUAAAUAAUCAUAUACUUGGCAUAGAAAUGAUUAAUUCUAUGGUUAGUAAUUAUACUCUCGGAGUAGCUGCGGUGGUCUUAGAUAGAAUAUCGGGUACAAGUAGUGAUUAUGUUAGGAUGAAUGGAGUAAGACAUACAUAUAAUAUACAUAUAGAACAUAGUGAAGAAGGAAGUGUUGUUAUACCAGCUAAUGAUAUUGCGAGAAUUGUCGACGAUGUUUGGACGGCAAUCUCAGUUGCUGCUGAUAAUGUACUGAACUGAUUAAAUUAAAUGUUAAUGUUUUUCGAAAAUUUAUUUCUUAAAUAGAAAAUUUCAAAACAUUGAAUUCAAAAUUUUGAAUUUCAUUUUAAAUAAAAAGAAAUUAAAAUUGACUCAUUACUUAAAAAAUGGAAGAAACAUGUAAAUACAAUAGUCGCAAGUUUUCUAUUAAUGAUAAUAAGUAGAAGUAUGUAAAUUAACUAAUAAUAAUAAUAAUUGUAAGAUAAAGAGACGUGAUUUAAUAAGUGAGUCAAUGGGUAAGAUUUUAAUGACAAACAAGUUUUUCAUUCACACCCUGCAAAUCGUAAGCUAUUAGAUCAAUCCACUUAACCCCUCAUUGAACUGAUUGGAAUCCCUUUAGAACAGGGUGAAUUCAAUUAUAAUUCUUGGAAUUUUAAACGCUGAAAAUAGGCGUUAAAUUUAAGAGAUUUAUUUUUUAAUUUUCGCGCAUAAAUAAUAAUGGAAUGAGGAAAUUCUGGAAUCGAACGGGAAUCGAACCUAUGCCUAUUUGCCUAACCAGGACAGUGCUCUUAACCACUAACCUAUCAGUCCAUGUGAAAUUAAUUCAACUCUUAACGUCUUAAUCGUAGGAAUUGUUUUGCCUUAUCCAUUUCACACACUAAAUAAAUCAUCAACAAGUAUGCAGGUUU